GGAUGGUGCAGGGGUUCCGGGCAGUUUCGGCUCUUACCCUGAGACACAGAGGGAACACACACACACACACAGCUCCCGCCGCAGCAGCUGUUUGGACAAUUAGAGCCGUGGAGAGAAGAGGCUGCUCCCUCAGGCUGUGGUAAAUAAUUCUGAGUUCAGCUAGCUGCCACGUUCUGACACUUCAAAGGCCCAGGCAGCUACUGACAACGUGCCCUUGAAUUAAGCAGCAUCAUUGCCCAUUUCAAAGGGCAGUUAAGAGUCAACCACAUCGCUGUCUGGAAUCAUGUGUAGGCCAAACUUUCUUCUCUCAAUUCAAGGUCAGUGAAUCAAGGACUUUUGGACCUAUUUAGAGCUGUUUAUCAACUCCAAACAUAAGUGAAAGCUACACAGUUUUAACCUGAGAGAUUGGAAGAUGGAACAGCACGGGAAUCUAUCAGUAGUGCUCUAUGCAAAAAAUGACCUGAGACUGGAGAAUCGCCCCAUUCCAGAACCAGGCCCUAAAGAGGUGCUACUGAAGAUAGAUUCCGUCGGGAUCUGUGGCUCAGAUGUCCAUUACUGGCAAAAUGGAAGGAUUGGAGAUUUUGUUGUGAAGAAGCCAAUGGUUCUGGGGCAUGAGGCUGCAGGGACAAUAUUCAGAGUGGGGUCUGGAGUGCAACAUCUUAAACCAGGUGAUAGGGUCGCCAUUGAGCCCGGAAUCCCCAGAGAAAUUGACGAACAUUGCCGAACUGGGCGUUACAACCUCUCGCCAACAAUCUUCUUCUCUGCUACCCCUCCCGAUGAUGGGAACCUUUGCCAAUACAAUACCCACGAUGCCAGCUACUGUUACAAGCUCCCUGAAUCUGUGAGCUUUGAGGAAGGUGCUUUGAUUGAACCCCUCUCUGUUGCAAUUCACGCCUGUCGUAGAGGAGGGGUUACAAUUGGCAGCAAGGUCUUCAUUUUGGGGGCAGGGCCAAUUGGACUCGUGAAUCUGCUGGUUUCCAAGUCCAUGGGAGCGUCUCAGAUUGUGAUCUGUGAUUUAUCACUGAAAAGACUGGAAAAGGCAAAGCAAAUGGGAGCCAGUUUCACAAUCGCAGUCGAGCAGAAUAUGACACCCCAGGAACUGGGUCAGAAGGUGAAGCAGAUCCUAGGUGGAGCUAUGCCAGAUAUAUCCAUUGAAUGCACUGGAGCAGAGCUAUGUGUCCAAGGUGGUGUUUAUGCGACCAAGUCUGGAGGUGUGUUGGUUCUUGUCGGGUUAGGCCAACCUUCAACAAACAUCCCCUUGUUAGAUCUGAUAGUCCGAGAAGUGGAUAUCAGGGGAGUUUUCAGAUAUUGCAACACGUGGCCAGUGGCAAUCGAUAUGUUGGCUUCAAAGCGUAUUGAUGUGAAACCUUUGAUCACUCAUCGCUUUCCCCUGGAAGAGGCUCUCGAAGCGUUUGAAACCACAAAGAAAGGAGUGGGAAUCAAAGUCAUGUUGAAAUGUGACCCGGACAACUAGAGUGCCCCGAGAAAGUUGCUUCUUUUUCUGAUGUGCAGGGUGCACCUUCAGUCGUAAUCAUUCAGGGGUCGUCCACUGACCAGUGGAUAAUUGUGCACAUAUCAUUAGCGUGGGUGGGUACCUCGGCGUUAGGCUUCACUUUGCUCAGUAUCAUGUCAAUUUUUUUUUUAUUGUUCAUUCUUAGCUGCCCUGGCAUGCCCAGAAGCUGCAGUGUCCGACAGCUCCAGUAAGGGUUAAGGGCCAAUAACAUCCUAUAAUCCUAUUGUAACACAGGACUAAAGCACAUACGAGGAGAAAGUGAGGUCUGCA